AUGGCGUCGUGGCUGGGCCGUAUCCGCCGCAUCAAUGCCCACAAUGCAUCCACCUUUCGACGCGCCCCCUUGGCCGAGAUCUCGGGCUCGCUGGGCGAUCUGGGCACAUUGCUACCACUCAUGAUUUCUCUGGCAAUCCAGAGGUCUGUCAGCCUGGGCUCCACGCUCGUUUUCUCGGGAAUCUUCAACAUCCUCACCGGAGUCGUGUUUGGCAUUCCGCUGCCUGUGCAGCCCAUGAAGGCCAUUGCCUCGGCCGCUCUGUCCAGCCAGCAAGACUCGUCCAUCGGAGUAGUCAUGGCAGCUGGUCAGUGGGUUGGGGCAGCCGUGCUCUUGAUGAGCGCAACGGGUUUGCUGACAUGGGCCACCGCUGUGGUUCCCAUACCCGUUGUCAAGGGGAUCCAGCUCGGCGCCGGCUUGUCCUUGAUCACGGGCGCUGGAUCGUCGCUUCUGCAGCCCCUUGAUUGGAUCCAUCCGGUUCUGGACAAUAAGCUGUGGUCUCUGUUGGCGUUCCUCGUGCUCAUUGUCACGCAGCGCCUGCCCAAGUUUCCCUACGCUUUGCUCUUCUUCGCCGUCUCCAUCGUGUUUGCCUUCAUCACCAUUGCAAGCUCUCAGCGCAGCCUUCCCGGGCUCCAUGUAUGGACGCCUCGCUUCGUCCUGCCCGAAUGGGUUGGGUUGGCCGUUCCCGGUUUCCCAGCGCUGUCCAUGGCCGUCGGCCAGCUCCCUCUGACGACUCUGAAUUCCGUCAUCGCCGUCAGCGCCUUGGCGUCCGAUCUGCUUCCGGACGUCCCGACGCCAUCCGUAACGUCCAUUGGCUUCAGCGUCGCGUUGAUGAACCUGACCGGGACGUGGUUUGGGACGAUGCCUCUGUGUCACGGCGCCGGCGGCCUAGCGGCGCAGUAUCGCUUCGGAGCCCGCAGCGGCGCCAGUGUCAUCUUCCUGGGGUCUGUCAAGGUAGUUCUCGGCCUCGCCUUUGGCGAGACGCUGAUCGAGCUGCUGCAGUCGUACCCCAAGAGCAUACUCGGAAUCAUGGUCCUCGCUGCUGGCCUGGAGCUGGCCAAGGUAGGGCACACCUUGAACAAGGGAGCCUCCGAUCUAUGGGAAGGCUCGGCGGGUGCACGGCGACCCCGUGCAUUGCGCGAUGACGAGCGCCUGGAGCGGUGGACCGUCAUGCUGAUGACGGCGGCGGGGAUUCUCGUCUUCAAAAACGAUGCUGUGGGCUUCUCGGCUGGCAUGCUCUGUCACGCGGCGUAUAAGCUGGCUGACUGGGUAAGUAGACGGGGGCGGGAUCGAGCAUCACAGGGUGAACGGGGCCCAUUACUUGGUUGCUAA